AUGACCAAGUCAGAAUUAUUUACGUUGAACGACCCCUCGCUCCUUCAUGAAGCAUCGCUUCUCAAUGGCGAAUGGGUAAAAGCAAAAUCGGGCAAGACAUUUGAUGUGGAAGACCCCGGAUCGAAAAGAGUCUUUGCUUCAUGCCCUGCGAAUGAUACCACUGACGUGGAUCAAUAUGUCGAAAGCUCCCAAACCGCUUUUGAGAGCUACCGAACCAUCAAUCCUCGCCAACGAGCCAAAAUCCUGCUCAAAUGGCACGAGCUUAUAACCAACGCCCGAGAGGACAUUGCCAAAAUUGUUGUUUAUGAGACUGGCAAGCCUAUGACCGAGGCAGUUGGCGAGGUCGAUUAUGCCUUGGGCUUUGCCUGGUGGUUUGCAGGAGAGGCUGAGCGCGUUCGAGGGUCCGUUGCUCAGCCCUCGAUCUCAAACCGCCGCACUUUCGUGAUAAAGCAGCCCAUCGGCGUGAGCGUCGCUUUGGUUCCUUGGAAUUUCCCGGUCGCAAUGAUUAUCCGAAAGGUCGCAGCAGCCCUUGCAGCGGGCUGUUCUAUGAUCGUGAAGCCUUCUCCCGAAACACCCCUGAGCGUUAUGGCCUUGGCCGAUCUUGCUCUUCGUGCUGGGCUUCCAGCUGGCGUUUUGAAUGUUAUAUCGACAGAUAAUGAGAGUACUCCUGGUGUCAGUGAGCGACUGUGUAAGCAUCCGCUUGUACGGAAGGUGACAUUUACUGGGAGUACUCGAGUGGGGAGCAUCGUUGCCCGGCAUUGCAGCGAGGGCUUGAAGAAACUCACUAUGGAGCUGGGCGGAAAUUGCCCCUUCAUAGUUUUUGAUGAUGGUGACCUUGAUCAGGCAGUCGCUGCGCUUAUGAUUCUCAAGUGGCGUACUGCUGGCCAGGCAUGUACUCACGCAAACCGAGUUUAUGUUCAAAGCGGAGUCUAUGAUGAAUUCACCAAAUUGAUACUAGAUGCUACUCAGAAACUUCGCGUUGGACACGGGGUCGAUACUACAACAACGAUGGGUCCUCUCACCACAUGUCAAGGGAUUGAGAAGCUUGAGAGGCAUGUUGCUGACGCUGUGAGCAAGGGCGGCAAAGUGUUAUGUGGUGGAAAGCAGCCGAAGGACUCCAAUGGCUACUUUUUUGAACCUACGAUCAUCUCUAACAUGACCUCCAAUAUGUUGACGACCAAAGAGGAGAUUUUCGGGCCAUUGCUUGGGCUAUACAAAUUUGAAACCGAAGCAGAAGCCGUUAAGCAGGCAAAUGAUACCAAUAUGGGCCUCGCCUCUUACUUUUUCACCAAGGAUGUUGAUCGGACAUGGAGACUCCUAGAAAACCUUGAAGCUGGUAUGAUCGGCAUGAAUACAGGUAACUCAUCAUGUGCGGAGUCGCCCUUUGGCGGCAUCAAGGAAUCGGGUUAUGGAAAGGAGGCAGGCAAGGACGUGGCAAUCGAGGAGUAUUUGAUCUCAAAAACGGGAACGCUCACCGUUGAGAGCCAAAACUCAUAG